UCACGGCUGGUCAUAUUGCACACAGAGUCUGGGAGCCUGGAUGAUUUUGUAGGUUCAGAAAGGCCGGUUGGAAGCGACGUGGUGUGGAGGAAGUCGACGGCGAUGUCAACCAUAAAGAUUACCCUGUAUCCUAGAGCCUGAGUGCUCUUACCCUCUCCUCUCCCCUCUCCAUAUCUAAGGCUUGACUCGCUGCACAAGCCGAUCUAAGUUUUUUCUACCUCGCUCACCACUUCUCUCGAUGCACUCGCAGCAUUACUUUCAUGCAUCUGUGGGAAGAUGAGCCAACCUGCUCGGCAGUGAACAGUGCUUAUUCCCCUCAAGGACAUGAGUGCCGGGAGCAGUGGGCUCUUGGGCCAAGAGGCUGCACCGCUUUUGUUAGGGCAGGGGGGAUUAGGGUGCGACCAGCUUGUGCAGACUAGAGGUACUUCGCCGUAGUGCUCGGUAAGUGGAUCUGUAACGAUGCAGACGAAAGGACGUCAAGCUGAUUUCCAGACCCUGCUAGAGGGACAGCAGGAUCUGAUAUGCCGGUUCCACAGACAUGAACUCCAGCCACACCAGUGCGGCUCCAUCCUCUUGCAGCUGAUCAAGGCGCCUGUGGAGACUGUGUGGUCGGUGGCUAGAAGCUUUGACAAGCCGCAAGUAUACAAGCGCUUUAUCCAGACUUGUGAAAUUAUUGAAGGCGAUGGCGGGGUGGGUAGCAUCCGUGAGGUGCGCUUAGUGUCUAGUAUUCCGGCAACAUCGAGUAUUGAGAGGCUAGAGAUCCUGGACGAUGAGGAACACAUCAUCAGUUUCAGGGUUUUGGGAGGAGGCCACAGGUUGCAAAACUACUGGUCUGUUACGUCCUUACACUCUCACGAGAUUGAUGGGCAGAUGGGAACUCUAGUUCUGGAGUCUUAUGUUGUAGACAUUCCUGAAGGUAACACCAGGGAGGAGACUCACAUGUUUGUGGACACAGUUGUUCGUUGUAACUUGAAAGCUUUGGCCCAGGUUUCAGAGCACAGAUUUUUCCACGAGCUGAGAGCAAAAGAACUAUCCGCAGCGUCCUUGUCACUAGGCAGUAAAGAGGAAGCUGUGCAUGCCAGGAAGAAGGAGGCUGUGCAAGUGUAGGAACACAAGGACAUAUGCAUCUGGAAAGAGAGACAACCGUUAACUUCUGGAUAUAUUUCCUGUAUUCAUAGAGAGGGAACGAAGCUCUUCAAACAUUUUGUUCGAGAUUGUCGGGGGCCGUGGAUUUCUGUAUCAAAAGUAGUUGAUUUUUCUGUGUUUGGGGGUAGUGUACGGCGAGCGAAGCUCUGGUGUAUAUGUUUUGGAAAACCGUCCACGCUGAGGCCGGUGAGAAGACGGUCGAAUCAUGUAAGAUUCUAGUGCUGAUACAUGAGUGUGGUCAAGCAAGCUGAUAUCAGAUGUAGAGGUCGCAUUUCAAGUUAGGAAAUUCUGCUUUCAUGAUCUGUAUAAUAUGCAGUUGUUAUUCCUCGUCCUAGGCUUGCAACGUCUAGUUGAACGGAAGCCUCCGCGCUCUUGCAAUUUGUUCCAACGUAGCUAGCGUUAUUAUAACAAAGACCUAUAUCCAGAUCUGAUUUACGGAUCUACACAGAAAUUUACAAAAUCGACCUCUAUUAUUUUUUCUACGUAUAAAAAACUUUCUCUGUAAGCGACAUGAUCACUUACCAACUGUACUAA